AUGGCUCUAAAUGUAUAUGAUUAUAAAAAUCAUAUAGCACAAUGCAAUCAGAUUGGUAAAUUAGAUUAUUAUAUUCUGAAAAUACGAAGAUCAUUUUUGAAAGAAACUAAAAUUUCUGGUUGCGAAAGUCAGGAAGUGAUUUGUGAUACAUCGGACCAAUCAAUUGUAGAAUCAGAGAACCUGCAGAGCAGUGAAGAGAAUGUAUGUAUUUGUCCAACAGAUUCAGUAUGCACUUGUGCAUUAAGUGAAUCAGAUUCAUUAUGGACUUGUGCAUUAAGUUUGUCAGAUUCAGUAUGCAGUUGUGCAAUAAGUAAUUUAGAUUCAUUCGAUGAAGAACCACAGGAAUGCUACGAACUUAUACGUAGUGAAAAAGAUAAAAAGGGUAUCAGUAUCUGGGAACAACUAGUACGUCUAAAGACCUUUGAUCAAGUUGGUCGAAAAAAUCUAAUAAAUAAUCUUGUACGAUUCCUUUGCAUACAGACUGAACUGGAAUAUAUUUGUCUGGAGGGUUUGUCAUUAACGCCAGACGAAAGCGUUCGACUCGUAUCGGCGCUGUACAAUUCUCGUAAAACAAUGAGAUACGUGUAUUGUUGGCGCGCAUUCGAGAAAAUGGUAAACACUGGCCAUCGAGUCGAAUCAAAAUCUUAUGAGGAUAAAAGUAUCGAGAGAUACGACUGGUUUCGUGCGAUCGGUACUUUGAAAUUUCUCACGACAUUGUCCGUAAACUACGCAUACAUAGCAACACCCACGGGGGAUCUACUUAUCUAUCUAGCCAAAAAACUCGGUCCCAAUUGGCACUGGCUCCAAUUGUUGUGUUUGGAAGAAGACAUUGUCCGAAGGAGUAAUGGAGGCACGAGGAUCACAAACGGCGUCAUACCAGAAGCUGCUUGGCAGGAGGCUCAUUUUUUGGCACCGGCACUGAAAAUACAAUAUGCUAUUAUUGGAAUACCGAAUUACGAUAUUCACAAAUGGUUCUUUGCAAAAAGCACUCGAAUACAUACCUUUACACUAUCGUCGAGCGUUGAUCUGAGAUUUCGACAACCCUGGUAUCUGAAUUGCACAUUUAAGACACUUUAUUCGUGGUACUCGAACACUUUAGUAUACUUGUGUCUGCAAUUAUGGCAUAAUCGUGAGGAUUUGGAUAAUCAAUUAAACAAACUGUUCAUCAAUUUACCAUCGCUUCGAGUUUUUGAGUUUAUCGGUGAAAUUCGAAAACUGAAAACACUUUGCACCAUGUGUUUACAGAUACGAUCGUGCAAUUGCAAGGUUCAUUCUGUUGAUAUGCAGCUUCAGGAGAUUUUACAUGGAGAUGUAGAUAAAGAAAAAUGGAUAAGGAGUGUAAAAUGUUUGAUGGUUUGUUUCAAACAUGAUUUUGAAAAGAUGAAUGUUAAAUUUAACAUAGAUUUUUACUGCUGGUAAUCAAA